GUGACGUUUUUCCCGGGUCUCCCUUUUCUCUCGCAACGGUCUGUCAGUGCACAGCACGUCUUGGUCUUACCAUAUAACGGGUCAUCAGAGCUUCAUUAACGUUACAGAGACAUUGGCACAGAAGGCAGAACGACGAGGAAGUACACGUGUUCAGGUGUGCCCAGCAGUUACUGGAUCGCACUGAAAACAUGGAUCCGAAUAAACCACCAUUUUUUGGAACCCCUGGUGCAGUCCACAAGCCAGAGGAAGCUCUCAUUGGCCGUGGUCGCAGUCUGUUACUGCCACCAGGAGAUGCAAGCUUUGGGAGAGGCAGGGGCUUUGAGCUCAUGGCCAGUGCACCAGGUGGUCAGUUUGGUAGAGGGUUGAUUUACCCAGGCAGUGAACCCUCUACAGGACUAGCAAGGGGACUGCCUUUGCCUUCAGAUGAUGGAGGCAUGGGCCGUGCCAGAGGGCUGUUUCUUCAAGCUGUUCAACCAUCAGUAGGGCUUGGCAGAGCGGCACUCCUUCACGUGGAACCCAGUGUGAUGCCAACUCCUCUGGCUCAGCCUGCUAAACCAGAUUCGCCUCAAGGCAUGCCAUCACUGCAAGCUGAAGAGGAGGAGAUGGCCAAGAAAAGCCAAGAGGAGGUCGCAGUGACAACUCCUGGCUCUUCCCUGGUCUCCAUGUUCAGAGGCAUGGGCAUUGAGUCCUCCCGGACCACCUGGGGAAGAGGAAUUAUGCCUGGGGUGAGUAGAGGUGCAAGAGGAGAACCUGUGACACCCCAAGUGGGUGUAAGCUCAGCCAUCGGUUCCGAAGGAGACGGACCAGUGAAAGAGGAGAUGGGUCGUGGCAGCAGCUGGCUCGGGCAAGGACUUGUCGGAGCAGGCCGUGCCACUGUUCCCACCAUGGGCAUUGGCAGAGGGCCCACCUCUUCGUCCAUGCUCCCCCCGGGCCCAGCGGCCAUCUCUGCCGGCCUCAGCCCUCCCCUGACCGGCUCCCCUCCCAAAGAACCCCCUAUGCACCCCGAGGGCUCUCCACCAAAAGCCCCUUUACAGAUGGAGGCCUCACGAGAGCCACUACAGAAGGCCGGUACUAAGGGUAAUCCUGUUAGGGUUGGAUCAAACUACAUUGCUAUUGGAUGUAAGAAUGAUGCUGUGUACCAGUAUCACGUAACCUUCACCCCAAAUGUUGAAUCCAUGGGAAUGAGAUUUGGAAUGAUGAAAGAUCACCGCUCCAUUACUGGGGAUGUGAUCGCUUUUGAUGGUUCAAUCCUCUAUCUCCCUGUUCGCCUCAACGAGGUGGUGCAACUGAAAAGUGAGAGGAAGACCGAUGGUCAGGAAAUUGACAUUAAGAUCCAGAUGACUAAGAUCAUUCCCCCUAGCUCUGAUCUUUGCCUCCCAUUCUACAAUGUUGUGCUGAGGAGGGUAAUGAAAAUCUUGGGAUUGAAAUUGGUCGGGCGAAAUCAUUUUGAUCCCACCUGUGCUGUUAUUCUUGGAAAGCACAGACUUCAGGUGUGGCCUGGAUAUGCCACCUGCUUCAAACGCACGGACGGAGGCCUGUAUCUGUCUGUGGAUGUGACCCACAAAGUGCUGCGGAACGACUCUGUUCUGGAUGUCAUGCAUGCCAUUCACCAGCAGAGCCGAGAGAGUUUCCAGGAGGUGUGCACCAAAGAGCUCAUCGGCAGCAUCGUCAUCACUCGCUACAACAACCGCACCUAUCGCAUUGAUGACAUUGAGUGGUCGAAGUCCCCAAGAGACACCUUUACCCUGGAGGAUGGAACCCAGACCACUUUCUUGGACUACUACAGCAAAAACUAUGGCAUUACCAUCAAAGAACAAGAUCAGCCUCUCCUCAUGCAUCGUCCAAAAGAAAGGGCAAAGCCGCGGGGAAAGGUUAUAACAGGAGAGAUUCUUCUGCUGCCUGAGUUGGCCUUCAUGACUGGGAUUCCAGACAAGAUGAGGAAGGAUUUCCAUGUCAUGAAGGACCUCACACAGCACAUUAAUGUGGGUGGCGAGCAGCACACCCAGUCCCUGAAGCAGCUGCUCAUCAAGAUGAACACCAUUCCAGAAGCCCAGACCGAGCUGGGUCGCUGGGGGCUUGAGAUAACUACGGACAUCCUCAUGACUCAAGCGAGGACUCUGCCUCAAGAGACCAUCUGCCUUCAAAGGGCCUCCUUCCAGCCAGCCCCUGAUGCCAGCUGGUCCAGAGAGGUGACCAGAGAAGCCUCUAUCAGCUGUGUCCCUCUGAAUUGCUGGGCCAUCUUCUACCCGCGGCGGGCUGCUGAUCAGGUCGAGGAGCUGGUGAGCACCUUUGGGAAGGUGGCGGCGCCUAUGGGCCUCAGGCUGAACCGACCCACGCGCGUGGAGCUCAGGGACGACCGUACCGAGACCUACAUCAAAAGCAUCCACUCCCAGCUUACCAGUGAUCCUAAUUUACAGUUGGUGAUUUGCAUUAUAACGGGCAACAAAGAUGACCUCUACAAUGCCAUCAAGAAACUGUGCUGUGUCCAGAGCCCAGUACCUUCACAGGCCAUCAAUGCACGGACCAUCUCCCAGCCUCAAAAGCUGAGGAGUGUCGCUCAGAAAAUCCUGCUUCAGAUGAACUGUAAACUAGGAGGAGAGCUUUGGUCAGUGAAUAUCCCAUUGAAACAACUGAUGGUUAUAGGGGUCGAUGUUCAUCAUGACACCAGCAAGAAGUGCCGCUCUGUCAUGGGAUUUGUAGCCAGUCUGAACAGCACGCUGACCAGAUGGUAUUCCAGGGUGUUUUUCCAAAUGCCUAAUGAGGAGAUCAUCGUUGGGUUCAGGGCAUGCCUGCUGGGAGCCCUGCAGAAAUAUCAUGAGCUGAACCGCAGCUUCCCAGAAAAGAUUGUGAUCUAUCGGGAUGGUGUCUCUGAGGGUCAGCUCAAAACGGUUGAGCACUAUGAAAUCCCACAGAUUCUCAAGUGCUUUGAGACGUACCAAAAUUAUGAGCCCAAGCUGGUCUUCAUCGUGGUCCAGAAGCGGGUCAGCACCACCAUGUACUCAUUCUCAGGGGACCGGAUUGGGGCACCUCCCCCUGGUACAGUCCUGGAUCACACAGUCACCAGCAGAGACUUGAUGGAUUUCUAUCUGAUGGCUCACAGCAUUCGCCAAGGUUGUGGUCUUCCUACCCACUACAUCUCACUGUACAACACAGCCAACCUCACUCCAGACCACUUGCAAAGGCUGACCUUCAAGAUGUGCCAUUUGUACUGGAAUUGGCCUGGCACCAUUCGGGUGCCAGCACCAUGCAAGUAUGCCCACAAACUGGCAUUUCUCACUGGUCAGUCCCUCCACUCUGAGCCUGCCAUUAACCUGGCUGAUAAGCUAUUCUUCCUGUGAGCACUUGCGUAUGUACCAAUUAUGAAGCUAAUUGAAGUGUGGUUCGGUCGUUGUCAGUUAACGUAAAAUGACGUGAGCACGGCAGGUGACGUGUUUUAAAAAAAAUUAUGGGGGGAAAAGAAGCUUGAACAUAACUAAUUAGGCCAUGUGUCAAAACCAGAACUAAUGAUGGUCAUAACCAAAGUAUGCGAGAAAGUCCGUUUUAAGUUCAAUCAUAAGCAGUAAUGUUUUUUUACUGACUUCUUAAGACCCUUAGUUUUUAGUUUAGUUUACUAGUUGUGUGUGGGUUUAUCUGUUAAGUUGGCUGUUCAGGUCUAAAUAAAAAAUGUGUGGAAAUUC